AGUGCCCUGGAGUCUCCAGUUCUUUUCUCAGUUAACGGACUCUGGUAUUAGGAAGGCCUGGCCUCAGGCUUUCAGGCUGGGAGAAGUACUGGACGCCGCACACGCACUCCUUUUCUGGGGAGGCCGGGAAAGGAAACUGAGCGGAGCUCAGUGUGGCAGCCGUCUCCUCUUGGGCUGCUACCUGGCAUACCAUGCUUUCCUGUGAUAUUUGUGGUGAAACAGUAACCUCAGAAUCCGACAUGAAGACUCACUUACUAAUUGUUCACAUGGAAAAUGAAGUUGUGUGUCCAUUUUGCAAGUUUCCAGGAGUGAAUUAUGAUGAAAUGUGUUUUCAUAUUGAAACUGCUCAUUUUGAGCAGAAUACCCUCAAAAGAAAUUUUGAGAGGAUCAAUACAGUGCAAUAUGGAACUUCAGAGAACAAAAAGGACACCACCUUACAGUGUAGAACAGACUUGAAUUCAAGUAUUCAUUCCGCUUGUGCAUCUAAUUUGAAAAAUUCAGCUCAAACCCUGCCUAAGGAUAGUACUUUAAAACCUGAAGCCUUUUAUGCAGAGAACUUACCUGAAUCUAGAAAAUUCCUGAAAAGUAAGGAAAAACAGUCUGAAAGAAAGGGAUCAAUUUAUGAAACAGUAUACAGUCCUCCUGAAUGUCCGUUCUGUGGAAAUACAGAGGAAUGUAGUCAAGACAUGGAAACUCAUGUGAAAACAAAACAUGCCAAUCUUUUAGACAAUCCUUUAGAAGACUGUGAUCAACCGUUCUAUGACUGCCCUAUGUGUGGGCUCAUGUGUACAAAUUACCAUAUUCUCCAGGAACAUGUCGACUUGCACUUAGAAGAAAGCAGCUUUAGACAAGGCAUGGAUAGAGUCCAGUGUUCUAGUGAUCUAGAAUUGGCUCAUCAGCUUCAACAAGAAGAAGACAGAAAGAGGAAAUCUGAAGAAUCAAGACAAGAAAGAGAAGAAUUUCAGAAGCUACAGAGACAAUAUGGUUUAGAUAAUUCUGGAGGCUACAAACAACAGCAACUACGAAAUAUGGAGAUAGAAGUGAAUAGAGGAAGAAUGCAUCCAUCUGAAUUUCAUAGAAGAAAAGCUGAUAUGAUGGAAUCAUUAGCAAUUGGUAUUGAUGAUGGAAAAACAAAAACUUCUGGAAUUAUUGAAGCACUUCAUAGGUAUUAUCAGAAUGUUUCCACAGAUGUGAGGCAUGUGUGGCUUUCUGCAGUGGUGGAUCAUUUUCAUUCAUCCUUGGGUGACAAAGGUUGGGGUUGCGGUUACAGAAAUUUCCAGAUGCUGCUUUCAUCAUUAUUACAAAAUGAUGCUUAUGAUGAUUGCUUGAAAGGUAUGUCCAUUCCUUGCAUUCCAAAAAUUCAGUCUAUGAUUGAAGAUGCAUGGAAGGAAGGUUUUGAUCCUCAGGGGGCCUCUCAACUUAACAGCAGGUUACAGGGAACAAAGGCCUGGAUUGGAGCAUGUGAAGUAUAUACCCUCCUGACCUCUCUAAGGAUAAAGUGCCGUAUUGUUGAUUUUCAUAAGUCAACUGGUCCUUCAGGUACACACCCUCGCUUAUUUGAGUGGAUAUUGAACUAUUAUUCUCCAGAGAGGGAAGGAAGUCCAAAAGUAGUGUGUACAUCUAAACCUCCUAUCUAUCUUCAGCAUCAAGGCCAUAGUCGAACAGUUGUUGGAAUUGAAGAGAGAAAAAACCGAACAUUAUGGUUACUAAUAUUUGACCCUGGAUGUCCUUCUCGAGAAAUGCAGAAACUAUUAAAGCAAGACAUAGAGGCCAGCAGUCUCAAGCAACUUCGGAAAUCUAUGGGAAAUUUAAAACAUAAGCAGUACCAGAUAGUGGCAGUAGAGGGUGCACUUUCUCCAGAAGAAAAAGCUGCCAGGAGGCAAGCUUCUCAAGUCUUUAUAGCUGAGAAGAUUCCUUGAAGAAUUAAGCAUUUCAAUGCUUCGGAAUUACGUUUUGUUUUCCAAAUUCGUAUACUGAACUCCUAACACAACUUACGAAACCUAUGAAUUCUCUCAACUACUCAACAUAUAAUUUAAUUUCUAAAAUACCUAUGUUAAUUAAAUCAUACCUGUAAUACUUCAUUGUUUAGUGAUUAUUUCAAUAAAAUAUCUCAUUUGCAUUGUG